UUUGGCCUGCCCGCCCCGUCGGGCUCGGCUGCUCGGGUCUGGCCCGGCCCCGAGCGCGGGAAAAGCGUUUGCAGCGCGGCGCGGGCGGCUCGGGCUGCGGCGGGCGCCGCGACCAUGUCCUCCGAGUCCUAUUUCCGCGUGGAGUCGGGGGCGCUGGGCCCCGAGGAGAACUUCCUGUCCCUGGACGACAUCCUCAUGUCCCAGGAGAAGCUCCCGGUGCGCACGGAGACGUCCAUCCCCCGCCUGGGCGCGUUCUUCCGGGAGCGGAGCGGCGGCUGCGGCGGCGACCCCGAGCCCGACCCCGAUCAGGCCAUCCCGCAGGGCUCCAAGCUGGAACUCCCGAUGUGGCUGGCCAAGGGGCUCUUCGACACCAAGCGGCGCAUCCUCUCCGUGGACCUUCCCAAGAUCUACCAGCAGGGCUGGAGGACCGUGUUCAGCGCUGACGCCAACGUGGUGGACCUGCACAAGCUGGGCCCGCAUUUCUACGGCUUCGGCUCCCAGCUCCUGUAUUUCGACAGCCCCGAGAACGGGGACAUUUCCCGGUCUCUCCUGCAGACUUUCAUUGGCCGCUUCCGCAGGAUCAUGGACUCCUCCCAGAACACGUACAAUGAAGACACGUCGGCGCUGGUGGCCCGGCUGGACGAGAUGGAGAGGGCCCUGUUUCAGAUAGGCCAGAAGGGGCUGCAUGACUUCCAGUGCUGGGAGCGGGGCCAGGCCUCUCAGCUCACGGCCUCCAGCCUGGUGCAGACCUACAGGAAGAGGAAAUUCGCCGACAUGGACCGCUGAGGAGCAGAACCGCCCCGCCUCCCCGCCCGUUUUCUUCAGAGUCGACUCCCAGCUGGUUGGGGAAGGAGGGGGCUGCGGGGUGGGCCAGGCCCUAGGAGACUCCCCUGGCUCGGGCCUCCUGACCCGACCCUAAGAACCGGAGCUGGGGAGAAGCCGGUCAGUCUCUGCCGGACGCAAAAUCAUUGGUGCGGAUAUUGCGGCAGAGCCGGAGCCUCGGUUCCCCGAGCCUGGGGGUGACGGCCGCCCUCGCCCUCUCCAAGGCACAGCUGGGGCCUCCACCCUCUGUCUGCUCCCCCGCAGCUGCCGCCCCUUCCUCAAGACUGCAGCCAAGGGCACCCCCCACCCCGCCCCCAGACCGGGAUAGCCUAUGGGAUGUUCCCCUGGUUUCUUCACACAGCCCCCGGGUACAAGGAAGGCGGGAAUGGAGAAAGACAGACCACCGGGCCGGGCCUUCCCUGUAGAAGACGCUGAGGCUCCUCCGUCCUCAGCCGCUUGUGAACUGGCUGUCGCAGAACUGCAGAGCCAGACUGACUGGGGAGGGGGCCCAGUGGAGCUGGUGUGUGACUGAGCACCGGAGAGUGAGCCCCCGCACAGUUACUCCAUCCCCACCCUGGAGAGCUGCUCGGGGGUCGCUGAGAAUCGCAAAGUAGACAAUCACCUCGGCUGCUUCUGGGUAUCGGGACUGCGGGUUGCCGGCCCGGGGAGUCCUAGCAAGCCUGCUUUUCUCGCUAGUGAAUUUUGGAAGGCCCUUGGGCCAGGCUCCGGGGCCACUUCCCAGGGACGCGUGUGAGCACUGUGGCCACAGAGUCCUCCUCCUCUGCGCCAGCUCCCUCCCACUGGGCUUUGUGGCUGGAAGUUAGAGCGGGACUCGGGCCUGGUGCAGAGGUCCUGAAGGGAGCAGAAUGCCGGGGAGCACGUGCUUUUUAAGAUGCCUGUUUUAAGAUGGAAGUGACAUGGUUAUGAUUUGACGUCGGUGCUAAAUAAAUGGUCCAUUUUUUCACUUGAAUCCGUUCUGAGCAAUACAGUGCUCCUUCUGUAGCUCAUGCUACAGGUGAUCAGGCAAAGCCAUUAAAGAAUUUCAUCUUUGAUCUGAGUUGCUGUACAACACAAAUAAAUCUCCUUUUA